UAGAAGCUUUUUUUUUUCUUUCGCUAUGAAUAAAAAUAUGAGUGGAUCAUUCGAUGUUAAUAGAUUAAAAGAAAAGUUUUAUGCUCUUAACUCAACCCAAGACAGUGUGCAAACAUUAUCUUUAUGGAUUCUUCAUCAUAAGGCACAUUGUGAAAAGAUUAUUGAAAUUUGGCUUAAAGUUUUUAAGAAAAGUAAUUCGAAACAGAAACUAAACAUGUUCUAUUUAGCUAAUGAUGUUAUACAAAAUAGCAAAAAAAGAAAUUCUAGGGUGUUUGUUUCAAUAUAUAAGAGAGCCUUGAUUGAAGCUGUUUUUACAAUAAAGGACGAAUCUAUAAAGCCUCCCAUUAAACGCAUACUUAGCAUCCUGAAGGAAAGAAAAUUCUAUGAUAAAAUUUUUAUCGAUGAUUUGAUAGAAGCGAUAAGUAAAUCUACAAAUUCGACCCAAGAAAUUUCCCCGAAAGUAGUGUUCACCAAAUCUCCCCAAUCUCCACCCAAACAACAAUCCAUUCAAUUAACAACCUCCCCAGCUCUCUCAGACAAAAUAGAUAAUUUUAAGCCCAAGGAAUUGUUUUUAAAAAUCAACAAGGUAGACAAGUUAUCGAAAGAUUUGAAAAAUAAGGAAGUCGACGUAGAAAAGUGUCUUUCCAAUUUCGACUUAAACAACAAAGAAUGGGUCAAACAGUACAAAGAUAAAGCUUCUGGCCAGAGACUUGACACGAGCUUAGAAAAUGUCAGCCUAAAAUUAGAGAGUCUCAUAACUUUUUUGGACUCAUUCAACAAGGACAGAAAAACUCUGAUAAAUAAUACACAAAGGGCUUCCAAAUAUUAUGAAACCGUUAAUGAUGACGCUAGAUUUGUGACCACAGCAUACAAAAGAUAUACCAAACGUAUUGAAACUGUCAAAUCGAAAUUAAAUGAUCAAAAAAAUAAAAUCAGUACUCCGACAACCAUUACCAAUAAUUCUGUUGAACCAAAUAAUAAUGAGACCAUCAAUAUAUUGAACUCGAUAUCUCGCAUAGUUUCGUCGCUUAAACCCGAUGUGGAUAUGAGAAUAAAUGAUAAUUUAAAUAACUUACCAAACUCUGAAAAUAUCGACAAAUUCAGCGGAAAUAUAAAAAGUGGUCAAGAUCAUAAUGUCAAAAUUAAUCUUGACACGGAUUUGAGGUUAACGUCAAACAAAGAUAUGACAGCUUCUAAUAUACCUAUGAAAGGCUCCAGUUUUGAUAAAACUAUAGAUGACAAGGAAGCGAAAGAUACAAAAAGUUACGAAAUAGGUGAAAAUACCAGGACCGAUAUCGAUUUAAGACUCCUUUUCGGGAAUUCAUCUCCCACCAAAUUUGGUGUGAAUGUGGCCAGCACUAGUAACCAGGACAUAGAGAUUAAAACUGCCAAGAAUUUAUUCCAGUCCAUACUUGAAACGCUAAAUGAAACACCUAAGAAAAAUGUUUGGAGCGACUUAAAUCACUCCAUUCAAAACCCCGAAAAGAUAGCUAUCUCCAAUAGUGAAGAUAUGGAUAUCGGCUAUGACGAAGACAUCGCACAGAAAGGUCCGGCACCACGUGACCAAUCGACUCAUAUUGAAAAUUUAUUCAAGGAAGAUUAUGGAGAUUUUGAUUUAAGGAAUAGCAGUGUUAUUGAUAAUAUCAAUUUAGCAUUUCCUACAGUCACUUCUACUUUUGAUAUAAGUUCUUCUGCCCCUAAAAAGGAAAAUUAUAGCCUAUUUUUGCCUCCACCACCCCCUCCCCCUUUUAAUUCUUUCAACUCUAUCAAUGAUUCUUAUCAAUCAAGCAACAUAUCCUUUUCACAGCCUAACCCAUUUGUCAUUCCUAUUCCUACCAUGGCAUCUGUUGAUUUCAAUGCUUCCAUGAUUAUCCCGAAGAAUGUAAAUAAGAGCAUACCAUUAUCCACGGAGGAAGCUAUGCAAUCUUCGCCAGAAAUUAAGCCUUUAGAUAUUCUAACCAACUUGAUAGGCCUCAAUAGUACCAAGACGACUACUGCCUCGAAUUUAGAAAAUUUUAAUAAUUCUUUCCACUGCGAACCUCAAAAUACUUUAGAAGUUCAAUAUACCGGUUCUCUUAACACCGGCUUCAAUUACAAUCCGCAUCCUAAUAUACAACGUAAGACACAUCAUCAGCAAAGUAACAAUAAUGUAAGUUCACCCAGCGGAGUUAUGGGAUCUAAGAAUUACCAUGCCACUGCACCUAGAUGUGUUUACAAUCCUAAUUUGAAAGUAUUGAUAGGCCAGAAAAAGUAUUGAAAAUUAUGUUUGAGAGCAAAAAUGUCAAAUAUUUAUAUUUCAUUUAUAAUUUAAAUAUAAUAUUAUUCAUAUUUCAUUCCUUUUGAAAUCUUUUAUUUAAUUAAUAUCACUUUUGCUAUAUUUUACUGUCUGGUUGUGUUUCAAUUGCAAAAAAUUAUACAAAUACUACAUUUAUGUUAUUUAAAAUGCUAUAUAGCAUUCAAGCGACAUUUAUUAAAUGUUAUUACUUCUAAAAUCCUUCAUGAAUUUUUGUGAAUAUAAUAUAAAGCACAGCACUUAUCAUUCUAAUUAUUGCUUUUAAAAUUUAAACUAAUAAUAAUCAUUAGAUUGUUAGACUAAAUAUGAAGUCCAAGUUUUUUUCAAUUUAUAUUUUAGGCUUCAUCUAAUAAAUGUUUGCCUUUCCACAUUUAAAUAUAUUAACAUCAAUCUAUUUAUUUUAUCAUUUGGUAUACAAUUGCUAUAUAUGAGAAAUAUAUUUAACC